AUGCGAUUUGACAACAUUCCUUAUCCAGUUUUUCAAAACCUUACACAAAUAACUUUCUCACCUCGAGAAGCAGCUGAAGGAAAUGUUCAUACUGGAGCGCCUCCUCCUUGGUUUGAUGCAACUGAAGUAGAUCAGCUCGAUGUUACCCAAAACGGAUUGGAACUGCUUGGAGUUUGGCAAUCAGGUACCAGAAAGGAAUCUAGAAAAGAAUUUUAUAUGGAGAAUAAAACAUCCCUAAAGGUUGAAACUCAAUCGGAGAAUCCAGUCUCAUUGCAGCCUUAUGUCAGCAAGCGAAUGGUUAGAUUCCCGUUUCAUAUGCUGUUAUAG